UCGACGCGAGGCGGCCUCGCGUUGGCUGCCCGACUGCGCCCCCUCCAAUAGAUAGGGCAUAUCAUCUUGUCUCUCUCUAACAUGUUAUGUUUCCCGCACGCGCUCUCCUUCUUCCCCGAAACUCUCCGCCCAAAACCGGAGGCCUUCGAUUCGAUUCAUCUCCCGAUUCCGCUCUUUGAUCGCUGUCUCCCGCCCACCGUUCGCCGCCCCAGUCAUUCAAAGCCUUCCCACGACUUCAUUCUCCGCCAUACUCCCUUAAAAAGUCCCACCUUUCUACCAACUGAGAAAGCAGAGCAGUCGACGGCCGUGAAUUCGUACCACUCAUAAAAAAGGCAGGGUGAAGAAAGUGCCAAAAUAUCUCCUUUUUCCAAGACGCGGAUGCCAGGUUCAUUCCUCUGGAAUGUCGACAGAGGAGAGAGCAGAGGCUGGGUAACGUUCCCUCCUUUGCGACAGAUUCUUGUAGUCCAAAACUUGGAAAACAGAGGAGGAGAACAGGGGAGGUGUAGCGAAGUCUCUGUUUUUGUUCCAUGGUGAUGCAAAGUUCGUGUCUUUAGUCGAGAACAGAAAAGGAGGGGGAGGGGAGGAGAUGAGAAGUGGAAUGGCGAAGAAGGCGGAGGAUGCGUGCAGAGAGGCGCGGAGCCUGGUGUUGGGCAAGUACGAGAUGGGGCGGGUCCUGGGGAAGGGCACCUUCGCCAAGGUGUACCACGGCCGCGACUUCCGGACCGGCGAGAGCGUCGCCAUUAAGGUCAUAAACAAGGACCAGAUCCGAGUGGAGGCCGGGUUGAUGGAGCAGAUCAAGCGGGAGAUUUCGGUGCUGCGCCUCGUCCGCCACCCUAACGUGGUGGAGCUCCGGGAGGUGAUGGCCACCAAGACCCGCAUCUUCGUCGUCAUGGAGUACGUCCGCGGCGGCGAGCUGUUUGCGCGCGUCGUUCGGGGGCCACUCCCCGAUGACCAGGCCCGCCGCUACUUCCGCCAGCUCAUCUCCGCCGUCGGCUUCUGCCACAGCCGAGGCGUCUCCCAUCGCGACCUCAAGCCCGAGAAUGUCCUCCUCGACCACAAUGGUGACCUCAAGGUCUCCGACUUCGGCUUCUCUGCGCUCCCGGAGCAGCUCCGCCACGACGGGCUUCUCCACACCCAGUGCGGUACUCCCGCCUACGUGGCGCCAGAGGUCCUCCGUCGCCAGGGAUAUGACGGCGCCAAGGCCGACAUCUGGUCAUGCGGGGUCAUCCUGUACGUCCUCCUCGCCGGCUUCCUGCCCUUCCGAGACGACAACUUGAUGCGGAUGUACCGCAGAGUGCUCAAGGCCGAGUACCAGAUCCCGCCCUGGUUCUCUGGCGACGCUCGCCGCCUCGUGUCCCGCCUCCUCGUCGCCGACCCGGAGAAGCGCAUCUCCAUCGAUGCCAUCAUGCAUCACCCAUGGUUCAACAAGGGCACGUACCGCAAGGAUCCCAACCCCGUCCCUCCGCCGCAAGCGGAGGCGGCACCGGCGGAAGUUGAGGAGCAGAAACCGGGGACGCCUAGGUUCUACAACGCGUUCGAGCUCAUCUCUUCCUUGUCAUCCGGGUUCGACCUGUCGAGCUUGUUCGAGAACCGGCGGCCGGCGGGGACGGUGUUCACGUCGCGGUUGCCCGCAGCGACCAUUCUGGAGCGACUGGAGAGGGUGGGACGGGGGUUGGGGUUCGCUGUAGAGAGGACGAAGCCGUUCAAGGUGAAGAUGGAGAGGAAGAACGACGGGUGGAAGGGGCGGCUGGGGGUGACGGCAGAGGUGUUUGGGGUGGCGGCCGAGGUGGCAGUGGUGGAGUUCUCGAAGCUUUCAGGAGAAACCUCGGACUACAACAAGUUCUGCGAAGAGGACGUCCGCCCAGGGUUGAAGGACAUCGUUUGGGCAUGGCAGGGAGACCAUGCCGGCGGCGCCACCAACGAAGAUGGUGGUGAAGAGAAGCAAUGAUGCUUGAGGAGUCGCUGCGCCCUGCGCUCCGCUAUCUAUAAUGGUCUAAUCGCUACUUGCUGUUGUAAUUAACUAAAAUAGUAUGGUAAUAUUUGAGGUGGACGAGAGAUAAUUUGUAGAUUGUUUGUGUUUAGUGAUGGAGAAAUCGACAUGGUUGUAAGAUCACAACACACCCAAGUUUUGGAUUGUUCAUAAUAUUUCAA